UGUAUCACAUAAUCGUAGCUAGCCAGCCUUACUGCUAAGGAAGUAACGUCACACGCAUUGUCAAACAUGCGACUAAAAUAUAAGGGCAUGUUAACUAGCCAUGUAAAACCAAGGCUACAUAUUUUUUGUAGCUUUACAAUAGAUCUCAAGCGACCAUGCUAGCUUUCUUUGUACUCAUUUUCUUGGCGCCUUGGCCUACCACUUACAAGGCUAUGGUGCCGUGCAGAUUGUUCGUAGCUUCUGAUAGCCUCAUGAAUUUCUCCUGCUAACGCGUCAAUGCUGAACUAAAUUUCACUUAAAGUAAAUGGAGUUUGGCAGCAGUGCGCAUAUUUAAUAUGACACGUGACACCGAGCAUCUGCUAAUAUCAACGUUAAAUGAACUGUGGGUGCCAGGACAGAAGAAGAACAGAAGCACUGCAGAGGAGCACAAGCUGCAUCAUCUUUGUUAACUGAACCAGGCGGACAAAACGCCCCACAUGUCCGCUGUGUGCCCACUGCGCGGGGCCAAGCGCCAUGCCUGAUCGUGACAGUGCCUACCUGUCAGGUAGCAGUGGGGGAGGCAGCGUUGGAGUAGGGGGCGUUGGUGUCGGGGAAGAAGGUGGUGCAGGGGCGGGGCUAGUGGGGGGAGCAGGGGACGGCAGAGGGGGAUCCGGGUCAGGGGGCGGGUCUUGCGGCGGGGGCGGGUCCGGCUCCGGGGCCAUGGGAGGGGGCGCGGCGCUGGGGAAUGGGAGCGGCUUCGGGGGUCUGAGCCUGGACGGCGUCUGCCGGGACUUCCUGCGCAACGUGUGCAAGCGCGGGAAGCGCUGCCGCUUCCGGCACCCGGACUUCAACGAGGUGCCCGACCUGGGCGUGCAGAAGAACGAGUUCAUCUUCUGCCACGACCACCAGAACAAGGAGUGCUCCCGCGUCAACUGCCGCUUCGUCCACGGCUCCAAGGAGGACGAGGACUACUACAAGAAGACCGGGGAGCUCCCCCUCCGGCUGCGGGGCAAGGUGGCGGCCGGCAUGGGCCUGUCGCCCACGGACCUGCCCCUGAGCCGCGGCGAGGUGCCCCUCUGCAGGGACUUCCUGAAGGGCGAGUGCCAGCGCGGGAACAAGUGCAAGUUCCGCCACGUGAGGAAGGACUACGAAUACGAGCCGGUCAGGGUUGGGGUGGGCGGCGGCAUGGGGCAGGGCGGGGGCGGGAUGGCCAGCGUCGGGGGCGGGGGGGUCGGCUGCGGGGGCGUCGGCGGGAGCAUGUCGGGGCUGGUCGGGGGAGGGGGAGGGGGAAACAUGAUGGGGUUGGGGAUGGGGUGCCCGAGUCUGGGGGGCUGCAGGGACCCGGGGAUGAUGGGGGGAGGCGGGGGCGGCGUCGGCGUCGGCUUAGGGGGCUGUCUCUCCAUGGGGCCCCCGGGGCCGCGGCGGUUCGACCGGGGCCCCUGCGGGGUGUACGACCCCCUCUUUGAGGGAGGGCUGUUUGAGGCGGGGCCCCUGGAGGCCCCUGUGGACCACACCACCCUGCAGCUGAAGCGGCGGAGGCUGGAUGGGCUGCGGCUGGCUGACGGUGGGGGCGGGGGCCACUAUGAACUGGGGGUGCAGACCGCCCUCCCGCCCCGCCCCCUGGACUACAGGUUUCUGGAGGAGGAGAACACUCUGCUGAGGAAAAGGGUGGAGGAUCUAAAAAAACAGGUUUCUAACCUCAUCGCCACCAACGAGGUCCUGCUGGAGCAGAACGCCCAGUUCCGGAGCCAGGCCAAGGUCAUGACCCUGUCCUCCACGCCGGCGCCCUCCGAGCAGAGCCUGGUGCCCCCCGUGGGGCCCGUCAGCUCCUACAACCACAGCAUCGCCCAGACCCACACCACGCUGAGCAGUGCGGGCCUGCAGCCCCGCCCCGUCACCCAGCAGGACCUGGUGGCCCCCGCCGGGGCGCCCCCCGCCCCGCCCUCCAACGCGGCCCCGCCCACCGCACCCCCGCCACACCUCAACCCCGAGAUCGCGCCGCUCUCCGCCGCCCUCGCCCAGACCAUCGCCCAGGGCAUGGCGCCGCCCGUCUCCAUGGCGCCCGUGGCCGUCUCCGUGGCUCCCGUGGCCGUGUCCAUGGCCCAGCCCUUGCCGGGCAUCACCAUGAGCCACGCCACCACGCCCAUGGUGUCGUACCCCAUUGCCAGCCAGAGCAUGCGCAUUACCACUCUACCACACUGAGUCACUGGGGACCCAGAGACUACCGGCAGAAACUGGGGUCAUCCUUUCAGGCAGCAACUUAAAGGGGUCUCCAUGUACAUGGUGGUGCACUCUCUGCUCCCCUCCACUGAUACAUGUCUUCUCUUAUUGACCAGAAUAGGAGACCUCAGUGGUACAGUGACUAAGAAAUACCACUGUCCACCACACACACACUAGAGCUGUGGUGGGGGGGUCUGGGGGGUGUAGUGAGGGUGGUGAGGAGAGGUGAAUUAGCGCAGCUCUUGCUGUCUUACAUCUCUGCUCUGGGCAUUAUCACUAAAGAGAGACAUUAUUGCCGCUGUUCACUCCUCACUCUGUAGGCUUGCAAAGUAUUUUCGGGGUACUUUCCCUCAUAACCGCAGACACCAAAGGAUCUGCAAAUGUCCGAUAUGUGAAAUAGAUGUUUGUACAGAGAAUUGUGCUCUAAAGCCUGGAUGCCAGUGGACAGAAAGGAAUUUAAAAGUUUGUUGAAUGUUAUGUUUUUUAAAGGUCCCACCUGUGUAAACAAACUGUAUUUUGCACACAAAAAAAGAACAACAACAAAGCGAAGCAAAUACUGCCUAUCACCUAUCAUUUUGUCCUUCCCCCUUGUAGUCCAUCAUUUAAAAAAGAAAAAGAAAAAAAAAGGUGCUGACCUGUAACAAGGGGAGGGGGGAGUGUGGGGAUGAGGUGAUGUGAUGAGAGCUGGGCAUGUCGCCCCCAGGGUUUGGGACGGUUGUGUAGUUUGGGCUCCAGGACCGGAGCAUAGCGUUUAUACGAGGGCCGUGUGUCCCUCGAGACAAUGCCUUUGCUAUUUUACUUAGUUCAUUUCUUGUGUCUGUAAAAAAUAUUGUUUGAAUUUCAUGAACCUGCAGCUGGAAGACACACUCGUGUGGUCUUGGGGCUUCCUUUAGGGGAUCUCAUUAAAAUAUCAGACACUGUU